UUUUGCAGCAUGUUCCACCUUCGGCAAUCUCCGUUUAAACACACUCGCUCAGCAACUGUUUGAUUUUGCUGGUGUGUGAGGCUGCUUUUUUUCUGGGGGAAAGAUUCGUCUUUUUUCCUGCCUUCGGCUGAUGUAAAGAAAUCUCCCCUCUCUAUAUUGGAAUGAUGUGGACCUCUCAUGAUACUGUUGGAUUUGUUUUCUUAGCCGGAUUUUGCGUGCAAUUGGGAUUCUCCUUUGAAGGUCGCUUCACGGAUCUGCCCUCCAACAUGACGGUUAAAGAGGGACAAAACAUUGAAAUGGCGUGUGCUUUCCAGAGCGGAACCGCGUCUGUGUAUUUGGAGAUCCAGUGGUGGUUCGUGAAAGCACCGGAACCCACUGACAGCGAGGAGGACGUCGAUGCUGAGGAGAUGGAGAUGAUACCAGAGCCUGAUCCUGACGACGAGGGGACAAAAAUAAGUACAGUGAAAGUCCAGGGCAACGACAUCUCACACAAGCUGCAGAUCUCCAGAGUCAGCAAGAACGACGAGGGACUGUACGAGUGCCGGGUGACACGAGCCAACUACGGAGAGAUUGUGGAGUACAAAGCCCAAGCCUGGCUGAAGGUGAACACCACGGCGAGACCACGACGACCACUGCCACCCCCCAAGAAGAGCUCCCCACUGCACCUGACGGACAAGAAACCGAGAAAGUCCAGCUCAGCUCAGGGCCAGGACAGCAUGAGUUCAGACCAGAGGGUGGCCUCCACCUCCACCUCUCACACAUCCUCCAAACCAGCUAAACACAACCCCGGCUCAGGUACAAGAAUAUCAUCCAGCUAUGGACUGGCUGUCCUGCUCCUGGCGUGUGGUUUGGUGAGGGAUGCCUUGUUAUAAUUUGAAGAACUGACAUGAUUUGCUCCCAGAUCUCUCUCUCUCUCUCUUUCUCUCUCUCUUUCUCUCUUUCUCUCCCUCUCUCUGUUUACUCUCAAAGUGAACGAGAAAAUUGCCUGUUUUAUUUCCCCCCCUCUCUCCUCUCCCCCUCCUCCUCCUCCUCCUCCUCCCCCCACCAUGCGGACAGCACAGUUGGCCUCUCAUUUCCCAGCCACUACUGCUCUUGCACCCCAGCACAUUGUUAUUAGCCACUGUAAACACCGGUCACCUUUAAAGCAGCUGGAUUACCUUUUGUACAGACGUCGACUCAACGCCACCCGAGGUGCAGCGCUCCGGUGUGGAAAACGGACUCUGUGUCUUUAUUGGAUAAUUCUCACGGACGAAUGACUUUCUUAUGGUUUCGAUGUUCCAGUUCAUCAUGUGAUCAUUGCUCAAAAGUGAACAAGAAAAAAGGAGAAUCUAUAUUUGUGUAAUAUAUAUAUAUGAUUCCAGAUGUAUAUCUGUUUUAUUUGAAUCACCCAGAAUUAACUGUAUGUGCUGUACACAUAGCUGACGCUCAUCAUGUUUGCUAUGGAGCUUCAUUGUGAAUACGCUCUCUGUCCCCUCUCCAAGAAAUUCAAGUACAUGUUAAUUCAGACUGUUAACAUCAACCAUCAGGUUAAAAAAGGAUAAAUUGCUCAUUUUUCUUUCAGCUGUAUUGGCCGUCAAAAUGAUCUAAUAAUGUGCAUAAUUUUACAUCUUGUUAUUGAUACAUAUGCAGGUGUGCAUGCUUUUUGGACUGAAGGCUUAAAGGAGAGGAAGUCAACACUUGGAGCUCAGUGUUACAGUGUUUAGUUUUAUUUUAAUGUGCUACCUUUGGUGUGAAAAAAAUGUCCCUUGUCAUUUUAAAUUGUAUUGCAUCCACAGUAGGAAUAAAAAAAAAAAAGGAUGUGACGAUUUAUGAGUCAUUCAAAAAUCCUCAUAUGUGACCACGGGAUGAUUAAUUUUAAUUGACCUGCACCAUUUUGUCAAUGGCGUGCUGAACUGAAGCACUGGUGCAUGUCUCAUUAUUAUUACAGAGGGUGAAGGCGCGCAGUAUUUACCCACUUUGGAUCAUGAGUAGUGCUAGUUUGUAUUAGC